GCCUUUGUUGUCCUCUCCAGGAGGUGAUGCUGAAAUACUGUGGUGACAAAACCAGUUUGUAAUAGGCUUGUCUUUGGGUCUUGUCUCGGGCUUGCUGGCCCGGGGCUUGCAGGAAAACCUAGUAUCCGAGGAGGAGGCAAGAAGCUGCAGGCAGAGCAAGCCAUCGCGGUGGCUGCGCUCCUGCAGUGGGCUGGCUCCCAGAACUGGAGGAGCAGCUUCUCAGUUCCUUGAUCAUUUCUUCUGCCUUUGCACAGGAGGGUGAACUCUUGGUCUUCUGUCAUUUUCAUCUGUAUGUAGUCGCUUUGCAGCCAUAAUGGAUACAUCCUUUGAGAAACUUGUAUCAAUACGCAUAACGUGAUUUUGUGACUGUGCACUAAGAAAAACUGCCCGUGUUCCAGACUUCUCCACCACCUUCUUAACUCUGAAGAAAAAAAAAAUGUGUGGUUUUAUGCAGAGAAGUUCACUGAUAACAUGCUCUUAAGAAGCUCGGGAAAAUUAAAUGUGGGCACCAAGAAAGAGGACGGCGAGAGGACAGCCCCCACCCCUCGCCCCAGGAUCCUUCGUUGUAGAUGCCACCACCACUGUCCGGAGGACUCAGUCAACAACAUCUGCAGCACAGAUGGAUAUUGCUUCACAAUGAUAGAAGAAGACGACUCCGGAAUGCCUGUUGUCACCUCUGGAUGUCUAGGACUAGAAGGGUCAGAUUUUCAAUGUCGAGACACUCCCAUUCCUCAUCAGAGAAGAUCAAUCGAAUGCUGCACAGAGAGGAAUGAAUGUAAUCAAGACCUACACCCUACAUUGCCUCCACUGAAGAACAGAGAUUUUGUUGACGGCGCUAUCCACCACAAGGCCUUACUUAUAUCUGUGACUGUCUGUAGUUUGCUCUUGGUCCUCAUUAUUUUAUUCUGUUACUUUAGGUAUAAAAGACAAGAAGCCAGGCCUCGGUACAGCAUUGGGCUAGAGCAGGAUGAAACUUACAUUCCUCCUGGAGAGUCCCUGAGAGACUUGAUUGAGCAGUCUCAGAGCUCGGGAAGUGGAUCGGGGCUCCCUCUGCUGGUGCAAAGGACGAUAGCUAAGCAAAUUCAGAUGGUGAAGCAGAUCGGAAAAGGCCGCUAUGGGGAAGUGUGGAUGGGCAAGUGGCGUGGAGAAAAGGUAGCUGUGAAAGUGUUCUUUACCACGGAGGAAGCCAGCUGGUUCCGCGAGACUGAGAUAUAUCAGACAGUCCUGAUGAGGCACGAAAACAUUCUGGGGUUCAUUGCUGCGGAUAUCAAAGGGACUGGGUCCUGGACUCAGUUGUACCUCAUCACAGACUAUCAUGAAAAUGGUUCUCUUUAUGACUAUCUGAAGUCUACCACGCUGGAUGCGAAGUCCAUGCUGAAAUUAGCCUACUCUUCAGUCAGCGGCCUAUGCCACUUACACACGGAAAUCUUCAGCACUCAAGGCAAACCAGCCAUCGCUCAUCGAGACCUGAAGAGUAAGAACAUCCUGGUGAAGAAAAAUGGGACUUGCUGCAUAGCAGACCUGGGUCUGGCUGUCAAGUUUAUUAGUGAUACAAAUGAGGUUGACAUCCCACCCAACACCCGGGUUGGCACCAAGCGCUAUAUGCCUCCAGAAGUGCUGGAUGAGAGCUUGAACAGAAAUCACUUCCAGUCUUACAUCAUGGCUGACAUGUACAGCUUUGGACUCAUCCUCUGGGAGAUCGCGAGGAGAUGUGUUUCAGGAGGUAUAGUAGAAGAAUACCAGCUUCCGUAUCAUGACCUGGUGCCCAGUGACCCUUCUUAUGAGGACAUGAGAGAAAUUGUGUGCAUCAAGAAGCUACGGCCUUCCUUCCCCAAUCGAUGGAGCAGCGAUGAGUGUCUCAGGCAGAUGGGGAAGCUUAUGACAGAGUGCUGGGCUCAUAAUCCUGCCUCCAGGCUGACGGCCCUGCGAGUUAAAAAAACACUUGCCAAAAUGUCAGAGUCCCAGGACAUUAAGCUCUGAUGUCAGAUACUUGUGGACAGAGCAAAAGAUUUCACAGAAGCAUCAUUAGCCCAAGCCUUGAACAUUGUCCUACAGCCCAGUGGGUUCAGACUCCCCCCUUCAGGAAGCAAGCUGGACGAACAUGGAUUCAUCAUGGCUUUCUGAGGAUGGAAAACCUUUGGGAAAACUUGUUCAGAAUAUGAUGCAUGUUGCUUUCUAAGAAAGCCCUGUAUUUUGGGAUUGACUUUUUUUUUUUAAAGAAAGAUACUUUUAAUUUUACCAAAAUAAAACAAAUACUGUAGAUGUUUUAAGGUUUAUAUAACUAUAGCUUAAAUGAUAACAAAAGUUCUUCCUAGCAACUCUCCUAGAAGGCAAGAUGCUUUCCCAUUGGCAAAAAUUCCUGCACUCUACAAACCCAAACAGCCUGUAAACAUAAAUCAGAAUUCAACCGACUUGCUUCCCUGCUCCAGCCACCUUAGACUGUUUGGGCCAGCCCUGCUGUGGGUUAUGGUGCAGUGUGAAAGCACAUGCCAACAAGUCCCACCUGCCUGGGAGCACACUUUGGAGUUCUGCAGCUUCAGCCAGCGCGGAACAAACGAAGGCUUUAUGUCACUAGUAGCAGUGUAUGGUGGUGGGUGUUCUUCAGAACAACUCCUCUUUUGUAAUGGGCAGCUCUUUUAGGUACCGCCCCUCCCCCCUUCACUAAACACAAGCAGAGCUUUCUCAUUUGCAGGGAAUCGACACGGGCAUGCUUUUGUUCCCGCAAAUCAGAAGAUCAAUAUUAAAUAAAAACCGCCACGAGUGUGGUAGAGACAAGGUACUUUAAAAUGGAAAUGAUUUGCUCCUGUGUUGUAAGGAAAACAUGCCAAUAAGGCAGGGCAGAGGUUGAAUGUGUAGAUAGAUGGCUUGUUUCUUAUUUAUGCAUGAGAACCGAUCGCAGAAGCACAGGUAAGAAGUAGACACAUCAUAGUUUGUAUAGAUACAUGUAGUUUUAUGUUGUUGUCUUUUCUAAGUCUCUGAUUUAAGAGGCAAAGAGGAAGCAUCUGGUGAGUUAACAUCACUAAACUUUAACUUAAAAACAAGCUCCAGGUACCUGAGCAGAGGAGGAUGCUGAAGGUCAUCAAGCAUCAUGGCUGCUGUGAUUUCUUCUAGCGGAGAUAGGGCUCCGGUAUGGACCUCUUAAGUGAUUAUUUCACACCUUAGGUAUGAUUCAUUCAUUCUAAUAUGCAUUAACUUAUUCUGUUUCUCCUUUAUAGCACAGGUACAAAAAUACAUCUUGUUAAUCAGUCCUGUGAGGUUUUAACUUUGACUAAAUGAACAAAAUCACUGAUAAGCCAAUAUUCCUUAGAAACAGGAUUGUAAUAAAGUGUAAAAUGGCACACAACCUCAGUUAUUUAGUUUCCUUAAUGUAUCUUUUUUCAUAAUGAUUAGAAAUUGCCUCCUGGUUACUAAGGAAUGUUGAAAUGCUUCCUUGCCUUGACGUUCCUUCCAGAAUACUCUGGGGGGCAGUGCUUUUUCAUACAUCUCACCACUGGGUGCCUGAAAGAUGGAGAUUUUGGGGGAAAUUGACAGCAACAUGAUAAAUGAGAAAAUGUUUUAUCUUUUCUGGAGUGGAUGUUCAGCUGGUAGGCUGAUCAUGUAGAAAAAAAAAUUCUGGAGCUACAGUGUCUGUGAGAUGUACUUGGAGUUUAGAAAACUGUAAAGAGAAGCAAGAGCCCUUUCAUGUUCCAAUUCACUGUGUAGUACUGCUGUUUUUGUUCUCCACUAAGUAGAAUUUCUUAAAUUCAAGAAGUUCUUGAAUUUGGGAAAACAAAACCAACCAACCAACCAACCAAACAAACAAACAAAAAAAACCACAAGUGGUUGUUAAUUUAAUGGUCCUCAGAUUUUGCUCUUACUGAGGCUAGUGCAAGCUGAUCCACUGAAGAGUGGUUUCUUUGUUAAAUUUUAUUUGCUACAGACAGUGCCCCCAUGUAUUUCUAAGUGUGGCGUCAUCUGAGCCUGGGAGAAAAAUCAUAUUGCCUUUAGACAGAUUUAUCUACAAAUGUCUAAAUAAGCAUUUUGCUAGUUAAAUGGGUACUUGGGGGGAGGUCAUCUUUCUUAGGUUUUAGUGAGAUUGUGGGAACCUCUUAGGUCAAACUGUGUUUUCUUACUGUUAUAUUUUAAACAUGGACAACUUCAAAUCAGAAUGUUUUGUAAUGAAGGUAUUUAUGAUGUAAAGUUUACUGGAUUUCUAGGGUUCCAAUGAAGAAUGGGGAAAAAUUUAAGAGUGUCUAGAUUUCAUCUAAUAUUUUUCAUUUUGUUGCUUUGGGAAAAGUCAGCAGUUUACUUGCUAAUUAUCAAUCCUAUUUAUUCAUUAAGAAAAUCUUGUAAUUAUUGAGAUCCUUAAGAAGAUCCACCAAUUACCCAUUUUCAAGAUAAGACUUUAUAAUUUAUUUAUGAAUAUAAUUUCUAUCUUAUGAAAAUCAAUUAAUAAAACUAAGUUGUUGUUAAGUACUACCUGUUGACUUCCCAGUAAUCCAUGAUCAUUUUUAAACUUUUACUAUUUCAAAAAUGCAAUUUAUUUUAUUCUUUGCUUUGGCUUCCUGCAAAUUAGUAAUAUAAUUGACUGCUGCUUACCCCCAGGACUUUUGCAACAAGUAAGAUUUCCUUCUAAUUCCUCCCUCCUAAAGGAAUCCUAAGUUAUUAACUAUUUCAGAUAAGCUUUGUAUGUUCAAGUUUGUGGCUGCUGUAUGUGUGUAUAUAUUAUAUAAAUAUAGACGUCUAUGUAAAUAUGUUCAUUCCGGAGCCUGGCGCAACUCUAGGAUGUGGAUUAGAGAGUAAAAUAUUAUGGAUGAUAAAGUCCUCAAUGAGACAUAAUAUUUAUUUAUGGAAGCAUGUACAUUGUUAACUCACAAAGGAGGAGCAGUGAGCACUAUGCCUGACUUGGACAGCAUACCCCGUUCUUGAUAUUCCUCAAAAGAAA